AUGGCCCGAUUCUCGAGGCUCGCCGCGCAUCUGCGGAGCAAGUCCUCCACCACCAGUUUUACCACCCUCUCCGAAGCCUCGCUAUAUCACGAAGAUGAGAAAGAAGCCCCAAUUGUGGAAUGUACCGAGAUCAUCUUAGAAUGUGAAGAAGAGGAAGAGCUGGUGACAGAAAAAACUCUACCCGAGACUCCACAUUAUCACGCACGACUGUCCGGUCAGAGAUUCUCAUUCAAGUCGUCGCCUGAGAUGGGCGUUCAGCUCGUCGUACCCGACAGCGAUCAAUGGCGGAAACCAAGUGCAAUGGGCGUGGCCCAGCUGGAGUCCAGCUUGUGCUUCAAGUCGUUCCUGGCGUAUCGGACACUGGCCGAACCAGGGCCUUUCGAACAGCGGGUAGCAUUCCGACAACGCUGCCUGAGCGAGUUCGAAACCAUUCGGGCGGGCUUUCCAGGCAUCAUCAGGGAGGACAUCCGUCUAUGCAUGGCCGCCUGGGUAGCACUAGAUGGUGCUCUUCGUGACAUGUUGGGCAAAUUGUCCCCCAAAGAGACAGAGGAAACCGUCCAAGUGGUGGCCAACAUGUUGCACGACUUCGCCGAACAGACUUCUCCCGGUGAGGCCCGGCGGCGGCGGUCCUUGCCUGGAUUUGCCCGCAUACGCCAACACACCACACAGUUCCGCCUGCUCGUGUCGCAGUUCCUCGGCUCUGCCGAGAUCAAAGGCUUGAACAUAUGUAUUGGCGAUAUGCUGCGAAGCAUAUGUGAGGAGGCAAACUCGUCUGCGUCUUCGAUCGUCACCUUGCAAGGGGCUGAGGAACAUCUUGAACUGCGCGGCAAGACUCUCAGCAUGCUACCCCUUCUUCACCUCGCUGCACAAGAUGGCGUGACUACGAUAUGGGAACUUUCCCCCAACCUGCAGAUUUUGCGAGACCUUGUCAGUCUGGCUGUUGUUUUGCAGGAGGACCUUAUCAAUCUCGAAGAAGACCUCGCUGCUUCCAGGACGACCAACUACGUGCUCAUGGUCGCCGGAGAGUAUGCAAAAUCUCUUGGACUACUGCCCAUGUCCCUACAGAUUCCUUGCUUGCACAAUGCCAUACAAGCUACGAUCGAGAGACACAGUGAACUUGUCCGGGCUGCGUUACAACGACACAAAGCAAUUAUAGCCCCCGUCGAAUGUUGUGAGGAGUGGGAGGUUGCAGACGUUGUCAUUGCGUACCUUGCCAGGCACUUCAGCUGGGCUGCUUCUGCCAAAGGCUAUCGGCCUUGUGAUACUAUUUAUGGAGAUGAUGAGUUCAGCUUGUCCGAACAAGGCUUUUCGGACAUCCUGCAGGAUAUAAUGAGUGAUAUGGGUGGAUCGGACUCGAAUUCCCUUGCGAGUGUGCCCUCACUUGCAAGUGGGCGCUCGCUGGCCAGUGCGAGUUCGUACUAUUCUUUCGAAUGA